UUCAAAGCGGAACGAUUGGUUUCAGGUCUUAUUUUCCCGGGGACCACAGAGCCGAUCAUGGCGACUCUCAGCGGCAGUCGUGGGGAUCGCUUCGGCAACACUAAUCAACGAAAGUCUUCUUUUGCAUCUCCAGAGAAAGUCCGAGCACUUCUUAAUACAGGAGUGUCCCCGGCACAGGUCGGGUCUAACAGUAAACAAGAAAAUGGGAAAGUUCUGGAAGUAAAGAGCAACACUCAAGCACCUUGUGAGGCAACGAACAAAGAGGCCUUUUUCUCAAGAGUGGAGUCAUAUUCAUGUUUGAAAUGGGCAGGCAAACCCCGCACUCUGUCCCCUCUCAUAUGCGCCCGAUAUGGCUGGAUCAACGUCGGUUGCGAUAUGCUCAAGUGCUCCAGCUGCCAGGCGUUCCUCUGUGCAACACUACAACCAACUUUAGACUUUGAAAAAUAUGGAUCCCGCAUUGCGGAGAUUUCGAGGCAGCUUCAGUCGCAGCAUGAGAUGUUUUGCCCCUGGCCUGACUUUCCAAGCCCAGAGAGUUUCUGGCUGGUUCCAGCGUGUGAACCGUCAGCACUUCUCACCGCCUUCUUAGAGCGCUUCCAGAGCGCCUGUCUGCUCGCACAGCAGCUGCCUGCCAUGAAGCCGGAGCAGCUGAAGUCUAUGUCUUUGACAGAGGAGGUCAUCAGUGUUAUACUGCAGCUGAUCGAGGAUGAACACAAAAGAAAGAAAGAUUCUCCAUGUUCUGAACCCUUGGCUGUCCAGGUGGCUGCAUGCAUUGUUUCUCUCUGUGGCUGGUCUGCAAGCCCCGCCCUGCACGCGAUGAACCUGCCUAUCCUCAGAUGCUCGUACUGUAUGCGCAAAGUGGGCUUGUGGAACUUCUUCCAGAUGGAGGGAACGCUAUGCGAUGUAGACGUUUCAACACACACUGUAGGGCCCUCUACCCCCUCUACUCCAACUACAGUUACUGCUGCCGUGGCCCUGCCUGAGGGCCAGGGGGACCAGCCCACUUCUGCCUCAUCCACCCCUCCAGCUCGUAUGAAGCUCAGGAGCCAGGACUUCACCCGAUCUGACCAGGGUGAGGGAACUGCCUCCCCCGUGUCUUUGCGAGCCCGAAGCAGAGACUCACCCAGCCCUGUGGAAGAGCUGCAAAGUCCUCUGGGCCGGGGCAAAAGGACUGCGACCCGCGGCAGAGGACAGGGGGACAGCCCUGGAGCUGAGGGCCCUGCCAGCCCCCGGCCUCUGCCCCCUCCCAAACGCCUGUGCCUGUCAUCAGUUGGUGGUCCUGAUGAUCUCCUGCCCAAGAAUACUUUUGACCCCCUGGCUCAGCACAGAGACUGGUGUCCCUGGGUCUCUGCGGGAAAGGAGAAUGUAGAUCCAGGUGUGACCCCCUUUCUGGAUGGAGACUCUGUGAUGCAUCAGCAGGGCUGGAAGGCUGCUCUCGAUCUACUCAUGCCGAUGAAGAGAAACUCCAACCCAACAGGAGGCAGCCCAGGACAGGGCCCUCGAGAUAAGUCUAAAAGGGUGUUUGCUAUAUUUCGUCAGUGGCAGGCCUCCUCUCCGUCUCAGUAGACUGUUUGCAUACAGACAGCAUUUUAACACUGAAUAGAUGAACUGACCGGCCCUUAUUUUGUGGUACAGAGUCCAAUGACAGGAGUGUCAUAUCAUAUCAAUGUAUGCCAUCCCUUUAAAGUCGUGUUUACAGUCAACGUAUUUCUUGGGGGGGAAAGGAAGAUGAAUGUGUUUCUAAACAAAUCAAUGAUUGUCUUCUCUGUGAACAGUGAGAUAUGUGAAGGAUGCCUGUUAGGCUUUAAAACCUUUAAAUCCUGAUUCAUGAAGAUUGAGAUGUGCAGUAAUUGGGGCUUCUAUAGGCCUUGUGUCGUGGAUACACAAGAAGCCCUCAAGUUAUAGAAGACAGACAACGUACAAAUUAACCAGAAACGAGGCGAGCACCAUUAACCCCCCAUGAAGUCUGAUUCAGCAGUCCUUCAUGACAUCAUGAGUCUGGAUUUCUGUGGAAUACAAGGUGAAAAAUCCUUAUUGUGAGAAAAGGCCACAUGGCUUGUCACUGGAAAGGCAAUGUUUACCUUCAAUGUAUGUUGAGGCAUUGGAGGAGUGGUCAGUUUUUAACCUCAGAUUAGCAAAAAAACUGUGAGGAAGUACUUUUUGUGUGUGCCGUUGUGAAAAGUAAUGUGGAUAUAAGUUCUCAUUUGGAAAGAACAAUCCUUUUUUGAUAUUGUGAAAUGUUUGUUUUCAUUACAUCAAUCCUGAUCACUGAGGGCAAGCGCAACCAUGUGCAUACAGGAUGACUGUACUUCCUUUUGGCCUUCCUGUGACAUCUCAUUCAAAAAGCAGUUUUCUCUGUCUUGCAUGUGCUUUUAUCAAUGUAGAGUUUCCUAAAAGGGUUUAAUAAAUUGCUCUUCUGAAAGUUUGUUA